AUGGAGCUCGGGUCAGUGUUUUUCUUUGUUUCAGUUGGGAUUGCAAUGACAACGGCUGUAGCUGCAGGAAGCAGCAAACUGGUCUUCUUGGGUAUCCAAAAUCCUUCAGAUCCAGAGACUGGAGUUGCUGGUCUUCGCUAUGCUCUUGAAGUUGCAAAGCCUGCGGAUAAGGGUGUUGACUUUAUUGAAACUGUGGAGAUUUUAAGUGAACAUGCUCGUCUUAAAGCUGGAAUUCUCGUGCAUGAAGAAUCUAGCAGCAAUGGGGAGUACUGUCCAUAUCGCGUGUGUGAUGAUUGCUUUACCCAGUUGAAGAAGGCCCUGGAAUUUGGAUUGGUUCUGCGCAUUCCUAAAGCGAGGAGUAGUAAUAUGCUUCAGAAGUCCAACGAGAUAGCAGAAAGAGACACAAUGGGUCCUAGAGGACUUAGUCCUCCACGAGGAAAUAAUAGACUCUCUGGAGUAUCUUCCAUGUUGCCAAAUACAGCUGCUCUAGUCAGUGUCAUUUGCCACUCACUUCGGCUGAAGGUCUACGGAAUAUUCAAGAAGCUGGAAGGGUUUGAUCGUAUGCCAUCCUCAGGCAAAAGCCGUUUGCUCAGCAAAGGUUUCAAAGCCGAUGAGGAAAAGAUGAGGAAGGAAAAUUCUAUUCAUCCAAGACUGCCUUCCCAGACUGACGUUGCUAUUGUCAUGAAUACAAGCGGCAGUACCGGUCUGCCUAAGGGAGUUAUUAUGACCCACGGGAAUAUUGUAGCUAUCUCAGCAGCCGUGUAUACUGUGAUACCAGAAUUGGGUAGCAAAAAUAUUUACUUGGCAUACCUGCCUCUAGCUCAUGUUUUUGAACUGGCAGCUGAGACUGUGAUGGUAUUUGCGGGCGUUGCAUUUGGUUAUGGUUCAGCCUCGACUUUGACGGUUAUGUCUAAUGAAAUUCAGAAAGGAACAAAAAGGGACGUCUCUAUGUAA